AUGUCUCUCCAAGGAAAGACUGCGAUCGUGACAGGCGGCGCCCGCGGAAUCGGUAAAGGCAUAGUAAAAGCCCUAGCAGCAGAAGGCGCAAAGGUGGCAUUCACCUAUGUCUCGGACAGCUCGCGCGCGCUCGCCUCGACACUGAUAGCGGAGCUCGCAGCGCAAGGAGGCACAGCCAUCGCCAUCCAAGCAGACAUGGCGUCGCCCAGCGCGCCCGAAACAAUCGUGCAAGAGACACUCUCACAGCUCGCAACCGCGCACAUCGACAUUCUCAUCAACAACGCCGGAGUCGGGGGCAACGCGUCGCUCGAAGCCGUCCAGCCCAGCGACUACGACAGCAUUAUGAGCGUAAACGUGCGGUCCGUAAUCUUCAUGACGCAAGCGAUCCUGCCCUUCCUCCGCAGCGGCGGGCGCAUCGUCAAUCUGUCGUCCAUCUCGGCGCGCGGCGGGUACGCGACGCAGACGGUGUAUGCGGCGUCGAAGGCGGCGGUGGAGGGGCUGACGCGCGUGUGGGCGCGCGAGCUGGGCCACAGAUACGGCGUCACGGUUAACGCGGUGAAUCCCGGCCCUGUCGACACGGAUAUGUACCGUGCGGCGGGAGAGGUGCAUUUGCGCAGGAUGGACGAGGAGAAUACCAAGGUCCCGGCGGCCCCGAGAUGUGGUACUGAGGCGGAUGUGGCCGGUGUAGUGGUGUUCUUGGUGGGCGAGAGUGCGCGCUGGGUUACGGGGGAUGUGGUGUGUGCGAAUGGGGGGAUGGUGUUUGUGUAG